GUUAAGGUGGCUAACUUGCUUAUCACGGCUAACUCGCUUAUCAAAUACGUUACACUCGACAAUUACCCCUCUUUUUCCUUGGGCAACCAAGCUUUGAACUCUUCACACGCGCCACUCGCUCGGCCAUUGACUUCAACGAUGCCUACACUUCUUCAACUCCCCAACGACGUACUGUCUCUGAUAGCUUGGGAAAUACAUUUGCGGAGCUUGCUCAACUUUCGAUUGGCAUCAAAGCAUCUAAACGCUGUGGCGCUGCCGGCAAUUUGCAAGCGACGCUUCGAGACACGUUAUGUAAUGCUUCAGCAGCAUAGCCUCGAAAAUCUUCUCGAGAUAUCCCGUCACACUGUUUUUGGUCCCGCUUUAAAGACCUUGACGAUUUGCAUCGACCAUCUGAAGAAGCAUCCCCAAUAUGACCACGCCCCAUUGCAUUGGGGUGACUUGGCUCGGAUGAUGGCCGAAGGAGACCUAAUCCCCGGAAUGCCCGAUCCGAGUUCAAGGGGAGGUAGUGAAGAGCUUGUUGUGAAUAGACCAGCGUAUGAAAGCCUACUGGAGGAUCAGAAAUUCAUGAUGGAAUCGGGGCUCAACACAGCAUACCUCACGCAAGCAAUCGCGGCAUUCCCAAAUUUGGAGACCGUCGUCGUCAACAACGCGUUUCAGCCGUGGGGGGCAGCCGCCCAGGGACGACAAACAAGCGUGCCCAUGUCUAACGGCAUAGAUGGCUUGGAGAGCAAUGAGUUUGUUGUGCAGACCCUUCAUAGGGUUAUUUUAGCCAUCGCCGCAAACAACAUUUCCUUGUACGAAUUGGAUAUAGCGAUCGGACGGCUCGACGGCGGUAUUAGCCCAGACAUGCUGGUCUUUCCGAGGCCAGUCUUACGGUACAUCCAAAGCCACCCUAUUAGCCUUACCAGCCUCUGCUUGUCAGUCAGCCCUCGCAACAGUAUACACCCAAAUAGUGAGCUAGUGGGAGAUCUUUUGGGCUUUACCGCACUUUUUCCAGGAUUACAGCGUCUGUCCCUCGAAUUUAACCUUCGCGAUGAACACGAACAUUUCCCUGCCAUCUCGCAGAGGCUGCGGUUGCCGGGCUUACGAUUUCUGGCCAUCGGUGCUGUCCAAUGUACCGAGAGUGAACUUGUUACACUUUUGCUCGGUCAAAAGGAUAGCUUGGAAGAAGUUUCAUUCACCCUUAUCGACAUUAUAUCCGAAGGUGGAAGUUGGCAGUCAUGUCUUGCAACAAUACGCGAUGAACUCUCUAUCCGGCUUCUGGAAAUGAUUCACUGUCAAUCGGCGGAUAAGGAUGUAUACUAUUGUGAGAGCGGGAGUGAUGGUGUAACCUAUCUGGACGCCUUUGAGAUUGGUGGGUCCUGGCAAGACUGGACAGAUAGCAUUAAUUGCAUCACGAUAGGGAAGGGUGGGAACUAAUGCGCCGGAAAUUAUGGUGGCAGCCGAUAAAAGGCUGGAAUAUUAGAUAGAACAAAAGAGGGAGGGGCAUGUCAUUAUCAAUGGGACAGAAGUAGGCUCCUUGUGGUUCGAUAUGGCAGAUCGUUCGAAUUUGAACAUUGUGUUGUGUUGGCGCAGGCGAAGGUGACUACAAGGAAGACCCUCGGAAGAUUUAUUGAAUCAUCACUGUAAAAUAUGAGUCACGAACAAUAUUUCAAACCCC